CGGAUAGUGAAGAAAAUCGCGGGUCAUCCAAGGAAGUGGUUUUUCUCACAUCUCGUCCCUUCUCUAUCCUUCAGUUGACGUCAUCUUUGACGUACCAGUAAUACUGGACAAACGGGACUACAAAAGAACCGAUCAGCAAGACAAUGAGCACGAAAGACGACUUGAACCUGCGAUAAGAGGUACCCGUUGCAUUGUGUUGAUCAUCCUUCCAAUGUGUGCGUACUGGUUGGCUUUGGUAGCCUCCUUGGACGGCACCUCAAACUUCGCCGAUCUGCCCUGCUCAACGCCGAUCUCCUCUCCCAACACAUUGGUCUCCACGGCUGUCAACGUGUUCAGCAUGAACCCUCGAAAGUCUGCCUGGCUGUUGCCUGCUGUCACCGUAACCUGCGGCGCAGUGGCAACCGGGCUGACCCAGCCUGAUUCCGGCGCAGGAGGGAUGGCAGAGAGCGUUGAACGCCAUUGUCGAGGCCUCAAUGGACCAGAGCCCUUGAUGAAUGUGGCUCGAGAGGUGGAUCCAACCGAAAGGAGGAGAAGGAAGGCCAACAAUAGCGAAAAGACCUUCAUUUUGCCGCGCCGUGUAACCCUUGACCGUGGGUUUAGGGUUUGGGGUUUG